CAGCCCCACGGAGCACUCCAGGGAGUGAGCACCAUCCUGUGCCCACGGGACACUCCAGGGAGCGAGCACUGUCCCAUCCCCACGGAGCACUCCAGGAUUCACCGUCUCGAUGGAAGAGGCACCGGGCUGGGUCCCAGCCCUGGGUUUCACACUCCUGCCCCACGUGGGAGGAUUUUUAGGAGGCAAGAUCACCAGGAAGCAGAUCCCGCUGUGGUACGAAGGUCUGGAGAAGCCCUCCUGGCGGCCGCCCAACUGGGUCUUUGCUCCUGUCUGGGGAACCCUCUACACAUCUAUGGGAUACGGCUCCUACCUCGUGUGGAAGGAACUGGGGGGCUUCAAUGAGAAGUCUGUGCUGCCACUGGGGCUGUACGCAGGGCAGCUGGCACUAAACUGGGCUUGGACUCCCAUAUUUUUUGGAGCUCACAAAAUGGGAUGGGGCCUGGUGACUCUCCUACUCACCACCGGUACCGCGACAGCUACAACUGCUUCCUGGUACAACGUCAAUAGAACAGCAGCGUACCUGAUGGUUCCUUAUUUAGCUUGGCUAACCAUGGCCUCUGCGCUCAACUACCGCAUCUGGAAGGACAAUCGCAGCAAGAAACACCCUGAAUAAAGGUUUUCUUGGGAGGGAGACCUCAGCCAAAAGAUCUUUCCGACUAACUGGCYUCCCUGUGUGUUUUAGCUGAACUACCUAAUGCUGCUAGACCGAGUGACUGCUCAUUACUACUCGACAGAGCAGUAACUUGCUCACAGCAAGUGUGUCUUUACUAAACACGUCGCAGAGGGGUGCGUGCCUUGGUGAGUUUUAUAGCAUAACAGAGGAUGGUGAUUAAAAAAAAAAAACUAGUUUUCUAUAUCGCAGUUUUUAUAGGAAGAGCAUUUUAAUGAAAAAAAUGAGCACAAGGUACAGCUUCACUAUGUUCAGAGGUAGAAAAGCAAGCCGUUAUGUUAACAUGGCUUUCAGAGAGCUGCACCUGACAGCCCUCAGUGUGACUAUGGCCCGAAUCUUCCCUCUGUUUUCCACCAGACAGUGCUUUAGUGCUGCAAAGCACUCAGCACAGAGCAGCCUGCCUGGUACUUUGUCUUCCAGUUGCUGUACUCUAAUGAAUGUUUAAGAUAACAUCUU